AGAGGGGUCAGAUGGCGGUUAUGGCGGCUCCUGGUAAACACACGUUAUUUCACCUUGGUCACUUUAACUCAGUUGUUCCCUGCUUAUUUUUAGACGAGUCGUGCCGCAAUGUUGCAAAUGAAAAAUCGUUUAAGAUAUUGCUCAGUCGCUAUUGCUACGAACAGACUUCUCUCAGGACCCCCUAAAAACCCGGUUGUGUUCUUGGACAUCGCAGCUGACGGCGAGUUUAUUGGAAGAAUCAUAAUCGAACUAAAUGCAGAUGUUGUUCCCAAAACAGCAGAGAAUUUCAGGGCCCUCUGUACAGGAGAGAACGGAUUUGGCUAUAAAGGCUCAACUUUCCAUAGAAUAAUUCCGGAAUUUAUGUGUCAGGGUGGAGAUUUCACAAAUCAUAAUGGCACUGGUGGAAAAUCUAUAAAUGGAAAGAAAUUCAAAGAUGAGAAUUUCAAGUUGAAACACACUGGACCAGGUGUGCUAUCAAUGGCAAACUCUGGACCAAACACCAACGGAUCUCAGUUUUUCGUCUGCACUGCAAAAACAGAAUGGCUUGAUGGCAAACAUGUUGUGUUUGGUCAUGUAAAAGAGGGCAUGGAGACUGUAACUGUAAUGGAGUCCUACGGUUUGCAUGAUGGAGGAACAGUUAAGAAGAUUGUCAUCACAGACUGUGGGGAGCUUAAAUAAUGCAAUACUCUGCACUUUACAGAGCAGACUGUUCUUUUGUUAAUCUACAAACAAAAGGUAAAUGAUUUUAUGGUUUAAUGGUUAAUGCAGCAAUAACAGUUUAAGGGUUAAUACAGCAUUUCAGCACAGGUUGGUAUGAGGAAAAAAUGUCUUAAUUCAAGUAAAUAUUACUAACCUAUGGGCCUUAAACACUCUUUGUGGAGGUUUAAUUUAGUGUUUUAUGCUUACUGAGUAAGCACUUUGCCCUGCAUGUUAAAUCAUAUGCAUGCUGAGGACAUACACAUACUUUUAUAUACAUUUUUUGGAUGGGAAAAUAAGAUGUGUAUAGUUUGCAUACCUUUGAGACCUCUGUCAGAAAACUCGAGGAGAUAUUUGGAAUAAACUAAAUUGUAUAUGAGA